UCUUCUUCACUUUCGCUGGACCUACUCAAUACUCACCCCUACAUAAAGCAAAAAUGGCUCUCGACAACAUCGGCCUCAUUCUCGGCGCUCUCACUGCGGGCGGCGGCAUCACUGGCUACGUUCGCACUGGCUCUGUGCCCUCUGUUGCUGCAGGUGUCUCUGUCGGCACUCUGUACAUCCUAGGCGCCCUCCGCAUCCGCAACGCCCAACCAUACGGCGUCGAACUCGGCCUGCUCGCUUCCAUCGUACUUGCUGGCAGCUCCUUCCCUCGUGCGCUCAAGACGCAAAAGCCCCUACCAAUUGGACUCAGCCUGCUGGCUGCUUUCGGGCUUUGGGCUUUUGGUUCGGCGUGGUCGCAAGGACGCAGAAGCUAGGUUGGAAGGAAGAAGGAUUGAGAACGACAUAGUGGAACGGGCUAAGAGGCAGAGGAGUAAUAUGUUCGCGCUCGAGAUUGUACGAAUCUAGGAACAAAGCAAUGAUAUGCCCACUUGAGUUGCCCAAGUUUGCUGAAAUCGUGUCCUUUAUUCCAGAGAGUGUCUACAUGCGAGAAGUCAAAGCGGAUGAUAAUGCGACUUUUAUCUCUAAGCUUUCAGUCAGAGCGAACAUACUCCUGUGAUGACUUGUACUAGUUGCC